AUGAAGCGGCUGGCGGCGGCAGGGCUGCUGGUGUGGUUGUUCGUGCUACUGCUCGCUGAUUACUACCUCACUCACCUCUCGGCAGCGAACAUGACUGCGGCGCGGAACGAAAUAAACAGCCUGGUGCUUCCACCACCACCACCCGAAACAACAACAACGACAACAGCAGCACCAGCAACAACGACGACAGCCGCAGACGCACCUGAGGCACGCGGUGCGGGGUCGGAUAUUCCGCCAGAGUUCGCCGAGGCGCUGCAAGUGUUUGAACGAAACUUGGGCGUCGUGGACGGACUGCAGGGGAACCCCGAACAGCCGACGCGCGACUUUACGGACAUUGUAGAGCCUCCGGGAAACGGGGUGCCGCUUCCGCACGAUGCCAGUCGCGAAGUGGACGCGCGGCAGUGGGAGGCGUGUGACCAGCGCGACGCAGACUUCACACCGGCCCGCGACGCGCUCUGCCAGGCGUAUCUUGGCGAUCUGAAUAACAUGCGUUACAUCAAGGCCAUGUCGUCCCGACUUCUCCAGGGCAGGACUAUCAAGUUCAAGGUACACUACGCGCACAAUGGCAUUGAAGCCAUCGUGAAGGUAUCGCAAAAAAAGUUCUACUUUGAGGCCACAAGCGAGUACUUGGCGUUUUCUGUGGACCGCGCCCUCAACUUCUCGCGCAUUCCCACGUCUGUCUUUGUGCCGCUACCACUUGACUACAUGAAGGCCGCCACAGCGUACUCAGUGCUGUUCUCUCAGUGGAUUGACCGCUAUGUGUUUCAGUACAAUUACACAAGGCGCAAUUUUGUCCCCUGCAGCUAUCCAUUGUGGGCUGAUGCCAAUCGAGCGCCGCUCUGCGCGCAUGUGACUAUUCAGCUGUGGAUGUACGACGUGCACCCCGCCCUUGCGACGUUCUUGGCGCUGCCGUACGAGUAUGACAGUUCGUUCGCGGCGAAGUAUUACACUCCAGGCCACAGACUUUGGCCACCAAAGAAAUCACGGCUUCGAGCUAUCGGCGAUAUACAUGAUCGCUUUAUUUUUGAUUUCCUUAUCGGCAACACCGAUCGAGGGAUGAAUGAUCAUAACAACUUUGUUUACGGUGGUUGCAGCUACAAGACGACAUGUGAGCGGUCUCCCAAGGAGGAACGCAUCAAAGGAAUGGCAAAGUAUGCUUUUCUUGACCACGGCAGCAGCUUGUACUCGCACAGGGAGCCGAAGGAUAACGCCUUCUUUGGUGAACUCGAGCGCAUUCCAAUUUGUCGAUUUCGACGCAGCACGUACAAUGCCAUGCUUCGCUACCGGGAGACGAACCGGUCACACUCAACUGUGCCUCUAGUGAUGGAAAUACGCAAAACAUUGUCCCCCUACAUAUUCCGUGUCACGCAUCUCUCUGUCUUUGAGAAGGUACAGACACGGCUGGAAAAGAUUCUGCGCCUUGUCGAGCGCUGCCUGGAGCUCCACGAACCUGAAGAUGUCUUCAGCCUCCCCGCGUACUGGGAGAUACCGGUCCCGGAGGAGGCGGAAGAUAUCGCCGAGCUGGGCGCGCAAUUUUGA